AUGUGGUUCGGCGAGGGAUGUUUGGAUGGAGUCAUGGAGAGCAAUCGGAAACUGCAGAAGAGUUCUCUGGAAGCCCCUUCUUUUGCUGAAAUUUUUGAACAACUCGUUGACCUGUUGGAUCCAGAGGAGAUGCAACUCUUUGCUACUGUUGCACGUCUACUCUGGCUAAGAAGAAAUGCUUUUGUCUUUGGUGGUCCAUUCUCAGCUCCGACUGAAUUGAUUCGUCAGGCAAAGGAUCAAAUUGCAGCUUUUGUAGAGGCUAACGUCGUCAGGGGCAGGGAGCAACUCGCAUGCCAUAUUAACUCCAAAUGGCAAAAACCUGUGGCAGGAUUUUAUAAACUGAACUGGGAUGCGUCUCUUGAUGGGGGGCGAAGACGUAUUGGGAUUGGCGUAGUGGUGAGAAAUCACGAAGGUGUUCUACUGGCAUCAUUGUGUACGACCAAAGACUAUAUUUCGGAUCCAGGCAAUGCAGAAGCGUUAGCAGCUUGGUAUGCGGCAGAGCUGACCCAACGGCUUGGUUUGGAGCGUGUUGUAUUGGAAGGAGAUGCACUGGGAGUGAUCAACGUUUUCAACCAAGAGGGGCCAUGGAUGGGAAGCUACGGCCAUAUUAUACUACAUGCUAAGCAAUUGCUUGGAAACUGCAAGGAGUGGAAGGUUAGUCAUGUCCGUCGUACCGUCUUGCCGUUCCCCCGACCGCUUUCUUCCCUACCAUCUCCAUUUGCAGCGUUCCCUGCUUGGGUUGAAACGGGUUGGGUGCUAGAUCGGUUUGCCUUCGACCGAUCCUCCGUCCUCCACCUAGCUUCCCCCGACGCCUGCCCACCUCCUUGCUUCCCGGUUCCGCCGGGCCCAUCCCACCUUUUGCAAGAGUUCCGUCAAUCCGAAUGGCCUGGCGAUCUAACAAUGUGCGAUCAACAACAGCAGAAACUCUCCCAGACCCACAAGCGGAGGUGGCGGUUGGCUUUCACAGCCAUAUACUUCACCAGGGUUCUUCUUUCUUUGUCCAAGAAAGUAAUUAACAAGAAUGGCCCUCUAUUGCGCACCCUCUCUUACGUUGCCAUUGAUAUGCCGCCUGCCGCAGGCGCCGCCGCCGAGGAGGGUUCCUUGCCCCAAAAACCCGUUUCGCUUUUCAACGUUGAUCCCAAAAUAUUGAGUGACAUGGUAAGGGACAAAAACUUUGAGUCUUUGAAUCACUUUGGAGGGGUUAAACAGCUUGUUUUGGUCCUUCAAACUGAUGUGAAACGUGGAAUUAAUGGUAGCGAGGCUGAUGUUGUACGUAGGAGGAGUGUUUUUGGUGCCAAUAAAUACCAAAAACCACCACCAAAAAGCUUUCUUAGUUUCGUGAUUGAAGCAUUAAAAGAUACAACUAUAAUCAUUCUUUUGGCAUGUGCUGUACUUUCUCUAGCCUUUGGUAUCAAGCAAGAUGGGUGGAAAGAUGGGUGGUACGAUGGUGGGAGUAUCAUUGUUGCUGUCGUUUUGGUUGUUGCCGUGUCUGCUGUGAGCAACUUUAAGCAAUCAAAGCAAUUUGACAAGCUUUCAACGAAGAGGAGUGAUAUAAGAGUAGAAGUUGUGAGAGAUGGGAGGCGGCAGCCUAUAUCCAUCUUUGAAGUUGUUGUGGGUGAUAUCGUCUGCUUGAAGAUCGGCGAUCAGAUUCCGGCGGAUGGGUUGUUCUUGGAAGGGCAUUCCUUGAUGGUGGAUGAGUCUAGCAUGACCGGUGAAAGCGACCACAUUGAGAUCCCUGAAACACGAUAUCCAUUUUUGCUCUCUGGCACAAAGGUGACCGAUGGCAUUGGUUUCAUGCUUGUGACUUCUGUGGGCAUGAACACCGUGUGGGGCGAGAUGAUGAGUUCAAUAACCGGUGCCUUGAAUGAGGAGACGCCACUGCAGGCACGGCUGAACAAGCUGACUUCAUGUAUUGGGAAGGUUGGGUUGGCUGUGGCUGCACUCGUUCUUGCAGUUCUGCUAAUUCGGUACUUCACAGGAAACACAAAAGAUGACAGUGGAAACAAGGAAUUUAAUGGCAGCAAGACGAAGUCUGAUGAUGUGCUGAAUGCAGUGGUGAAAAUUGUUGCCGCUGCUGUCACUAUCAUCGUGGUGGCUAUUCCAGAAGGCCUGCCUUUAGCUGUGACUCUAACUCUGGCUUAUUCGAUGAAGCGUAUGAUGACUGAUCAAGCCAUGGUCAGAAAACUAUCUGCCUGUGAGACAAUGGGCUCCGCCACAACAAUCUGCACGGACAAAACAGGCACCCUUACAUUAAACGAAAUGAAAGUAACAGAGUUUUGGAUUGGAAAGGAAGCAGUGAAGGAUGAUGUAACAUCUUUGGAUAUGGAAGGUAAUGUUCUUAAACUACUGCACCAAGCCGUUGGUCUAAACACAACAGGUACAAUUUACAAACAACAUUCUGUAUCCGAUCCUGAAAUUUCUGGUAGCCCAACGGAGAAAGCAAUACUUUCUUGGGCUUUUUUUAAUUUGUGUAUGAACUUGGAAGAACUUGAGAAUAAUUAUGACAUCAUGCAUAAAGAGACUUUCAACUCUAUGAAAAAGAGAAGCGGUGUUUUGGUGAAGAGCAACAGUGAGAAUACAAUUCAUACUCAUUGGAAGGGAGCUGCUGAGAUGAUACUGGCAUCGUGUUCAACUUAUUAUAACAAAGCAGGGAUGCUGAAAGCAAUGGAGUCGGAAGAAAGACGGCAGCUUGAGACUAUUAUUAACAACAUGGCAGCAAAAAGCCUCCGAUGCAUUGCCUUUGCUUACAAAGAAAUAGGGGAAGAAAGCGAGCUGAUUCUUGAGAAUAACCUUGAAGAAAACGGACUGUCAUUAUUAGGAUUAGUUGGCUUGAAGGACCCGUGUCGAAAAGGAGUCAGAAAAGCUGUAGAAUCAUGCAAAGCUGCUGGCGUGAACAUCAAAAUGAUCACCGGCGAUAAUGUGCACACAGCAAGGGCUAUAGCCAUUGAAUGCGGGAUUCUGAAUCCUGAUGGGGAUUUGGGUAAUGAAGCAGUUUUAGAAGGGGUAGAAUUUAGAAAUUACUCACCGGAAGAGAGAAUGGAAAAGAUCAACAAAAUCCGUGUAAUGGCCAGGUCAUCCCCUCUUGACAAGCUUUUGAUGGUGCAGUGCUUGAAGCAGAAAGGCCACGUGGUCGCAGUCACAGGUGAUGGAACCAACGAUGCUCCUGCUCUAAAGGAAGCAGACAUUGGGCUUUCCAUGGGGAUUCAAGGAACUGAAGUUGCAAAAGAGAGUUCGGAUAUUGUAAUCUUGGACGACAAUUUUGAAUCUGUGGUAACAGUGUUGAAAUGGGGAAGGUGUGUCUACAACAACAUUCAAAAGUUCCUUCAGUUUCAGCUCACAGUGAAUGUCGCCGCUCUUGUCAUCAACUUUGUUGCAGCUGUUUCCUCUGGUAAGAUUCCAUUGACUACAGUCCAGCUAUUAUGGGUGAAUCUAAUAAUGGACACCUUGGGAGCUUUAGCCUUGGCCACAGAGAAACCCACUAAUCAUCUCAUGAAAAAGCCGCCUGUUGGCAGAUCAGAGCCACCAAUAACCAGAAUCAUGUGGAGGAAUCUCAUUGCUCAGGCUUUGUAUCAGAUAACCAUCUUACUGGUUUUACAAUUCAAAGGAAGGUCCAUCUUUGGUGUAGACGAGAAUGUUAACAACACCCUGAUUUUCAAUACUUUUGUCCUCUGCCAAGUCUUCAACGAAUUUAAUGCAAGGGAGCUGGAGAAGAAGAAUAUAUUCACAGGGUUGCUUCAGAACAGGUCGUUUUUAGCAAUCAUUGGAAUCACCAUAGUUCUUCAAUCGGUAAUGGUGGAGAUUCUGAAGAGGUUUGCCAAUACUGUGAGGCUAGAUUGGGGGGAAUGGGGUGCCUGCAUUGGACUUGCUGCUUUGUCUUGGCCAAUUGGUUGGCUCGUCAAGUGUAUUCCAGUUUCUGCAUCUUGAAACACUAGCUAAGAUUAGCUCACUUUUUAGGUUCCUUGUUAUUCAGCUUUUCAUGGCAAGAAAGAGUUUCUUAUUUCAAAUUUAUGUAAAUAUUGAAUCUACUUAAUUACUAGCAAUAAGCUCUUCAUGUAUGUCAUGAUUGGUAUUCGUGCCUGAUUAAAUAGAGUUUGGAUUAGAGAAAUCCCAGCAUGUAUCUAUGGUAUUUUGUCAGCUAGGAGAAAUUAAUCUAUG